CGCACGCGGCCACCACGCUGGUCGGCGGGCUGGUGCCGCCGCGGGAGCCAACCACGGCGGCGGAGGCUUUCUGGAAGAUGCCACACAAAGACCAUUUUGUUCUAGACGAGCUCAUGCAUAGCGCCGCGAUGGGCGGAGGGGCGCUCUUCGGGUGCUCCUCCGCCGGCCACAGUGGGAUCAACCAGCUCGGGGGCGUCUACGUCAACGGGAGACCCCUGCCCGACUCCACAAGGCAGAAGAUCGUGGAGCUAGCGCACUCGGGAGCCCGGCCCUGCGACAUCAGCCGCAUCCUGCAGGUCUCCAACGGCUGCGUGUCCAAGAUACUCGGCAGCUUUGCACGCAGAUAUUACGAGACGGGGUCCAUCAAGCCACGAGCCAUCGGGGGCUCCAAGCCGCGGGUAGCCACGACUCCAGUGGUGUCCAAGAUCGCGGACUACAAGCGGGAGUGUCCGUCCAUCUUCGCGUGGGAGAUCAGGGACCGUCUCCUUAGCGAAAACGUGUGCAAUAACGACAAUAUACCUAGUGUCUCCUCAAUAAACCGAGUGCUUCGCAACCUAGCAUCGCAGAAGGAGCAAGCUGCGUCAGCGCAAAACGACAGUGUAUACGAGAAGCUACGAAUGUUCAACGGACAGGCGGCGACGGGCUGGUGGUACCCUGGGCUCCCUGCGCCCGCGCCGACGUUGCCGGCGCCGCUGCCGCCGCAGCUCAACCGGCCGAGCAGUGAGGAGCAUAAGAGAGAUCAUCUCCCCACAGCAGACGCGAUCCAAUCCGAAGCUGGUUCGGACGGCAACAGCGAACACGCGUCCUCAGGAGAUGAAGACUCGCAAAUGAGACUCCGGCUCAAGAGGAAACUGCAGAGGAAUAGGACAUCGUUCACCAAUGACCAGAUAGACAGCCUUGAAAAAGAGUUCGAACGAACGCACUACCCCGACGUGUUCGCGCGGGAACGACUGGCCGAAAAGAUAGGAUUGCCUGAGGCACGUAUCCAGGUGUGGUUCUCCAACCGGCGAGCGAAAUGGCGACGGGAAGAGAAGCUAAGAAGUCAGCGGCGGGACGCGCCGGCCGCCUCGCCGCCCGCGCCCCCCGCGCCGCGGCUGCCCCUCAACGGGGGAUUCAAUUCCAUGUAUAGCCCCAUACCGCAGCCUAUAUCGACAAUGAGUGAUACAUACAGCUCAAUGUCCGGCGGUCUCUCCUCCUCCUGCCUUCAGCAGCGUGACGGCGGGUACCCGUACAUGUUCGGCGAUGUACUCGGCAACGGCGGGUACGCGCGGGCGCCCGCCGCUCACCAGCACGCCGCCUACAGCCAGCCACAAGCCGCGGCUAGCACUGGUGUAAUAUCGGCGGGCGUCUCAGUCCCCGUUCAAAUACCAUCACAGGGGCCCGACCUCGCGUCCAACUACUGGGGCAGGCUCCAGUGAUCGCAGCUAUUCGGGUUCCCGCGCCUGCUAAUGCCAGAGAACCCGACAGAGCCAUCUAGCGAAAUGCCGCACAACUACGACCUGUCUAUGAACGCUCUCAAUAUGACGGCGGGACACGACGCCAUUGAGAUGCCAGAAACCGUAUCGUAAGAAGCAACUGAUGAUGUUCAAACCUAGUUUUAAGCGGCGCGCGUGGUAAACUAUGCUGAUAAACUAUUUUUUAGUACUUACAUACAUAUACAUGCAAUCACACCUGUAUCUCAUAAAGGGGUAGACAGAGCACAUGAAUCUACUCAAGUUUCAGUGCCACUCUUGGCAAAUAAGGGGUUUUAGUACAUACUUAGACUUUGAUAUUUUUUGAGUAAAAUUACCCAAUGAGUACAGCUUUGUUUCCAUACGUUAGUCAGAACCAAACCCGACCUUAAAAAAUCUAAUUGGUUUAGACCAUCAUUCUAAUUACUGGUUUAAUAGAUUCUUAGCAGAAUUAACAAAAGUGUACUAAAAAUCAGUAUGAAUUAUUCAUUUUAUUAUAACAGCAUAAUUUACUGCGCUCGUUUGAUUUUUAAACUAAGAUAAGGAUUUGGGUACCUACCGGAGAAUAAUUUCUUAAAUCAUAAUUCCUUUGUACGUAGGUACGAAAUUCAUAAAAACUACAUAAUUAUUUACACAUAUAACUCAACAGUUGCAGUAUAUUACCAAUAUGUAUACCAAUUUAUCAA